GGAUGCAAAGCAAUUAUCUGAAGUGGAUCCUCCCCCCAGUGGCGCCAUACCUGCAUCCAUCACUAAUCUUGCCACUCUGCAAUACCUCGAUCUGACCUACAUUGACCUGGUGGGGUCCAUUCCAUCCCUCGCUACUCUCACCCGCCUCACCCACCUAGCUAUAGGAGUGGCGGGCAGCAGGCUGACUGGCAGUUUGGACGGACUGGCCUGGCUCUCAUCCCUCACCAACCUGCAAACAUUGAGUCUGGAAUACUUGGAGGCAUUCACAGGGGAAUUGUCCUCCCUGCACAUUCUUUCUCACAUGAGAAACCUUCAACAGCUGACACUCACUUCGCUCACCAAUGCCACAGGGGAGAUACCCAGGGAGAUCCGAUAUUUGACUGCCCUCACUUCACUAGACUUAUCUUUCCUUCGUGCCUUGGAGUUUCCCGAGUGGGUCACUCAUCUCUCCAACCUUCAGUACCUGAGCGUGGAGACGGAUGAUCCACGCCGGCAGGGGGUGGUGCUGGAAGACAUGUCUGAGCUCACCGCACUCACCAGCCUGUCCUUCAGUGGAAACAACCUGGAGGGCCACCUGCCAAAGAGCUGGUCCACUCUGGUCAAUCUGCAAGAGCUAUAUCUAAGUACUAACCACCUCCGAGGAUCCAUUCCCGCAACAUACUCAGCCCUAACGGCCCUCGUUUCAGUAGACCUUUCGUGGAAUUCUCUUUCUGGUUCUAUACCCCCAGUAUUCGGCACCGACGUCCAAACGCUAUACCUGGACCACAAUACCUUCGGUGGACCCAUUCCACCACACUUGGCACUGCCCAACCUCGUUGAGCUUCAAUUAUCUGACAAUCUGUUCACAGGAGGCAUCCCCAACACCUUCACUAGGCUCACUGGCAUGAGAACUCUAGACAUUGGUUUCAACAGUCUCACCUCAGGCCUUCACGUGGUGGCUCAGAUGACAUGGCUCGCAAACAUACUCCUCGAUAACAACAACAUAUCCGGUGUGCUUCCAGCGUCCUUAACAGCCAUCAAGGGCCUCGCAUCUCUACUUUUAAAUAACAACCACUUCACUGGAACCUUCCCUCAUUCAAUUUUGCUCCACACGAACCUUCAACGCCUGGAACUGAGCAACAACAGUUUCACCGGUACCAUCCCCCACAAAUUGACCAACCUUUACAGCCUGCAAAACAUUAAUCUCAAUGAAAACAACUUCCGUGGAACUAUUCCAUCCGGCCUGUUUCAGCUAUCCUUGCUGUCUUCGCUGCAAGUAGCUAGCAACUUCCUUUCUGGGGGCCUCCCACGGACUCUCAGUGCCCCCACUUCUCUUCACACCCUUAGCCUGGCAGGAAAUGGCUUCACGGGCUCCCUGCCAAACUUCUCGCGCUGGAAAGUCAGCUGUGCCCAGAUAGAUCUCAGCAACAACAACUUCACGGGGUCUAUUCCUGACUCAAUCUCCACACUCACCACCCUCGAUGCCAUUUUUCUGAACAACAACCAACUGACAGGCACCAUUCCCUCUGCCAUCUUCACCAUGACCAAUCUCAAAUACCUCUACAUGGCCAACAACCAUCUGAGUGGAAGUCUGCCAGCUGCCAUCAGUCAACUGCAGAAGCUGGAACAGAUCUGGCUGGACAACAACAAGAUUGAGGGCCCUCUGCCAUCUGGCCUGUGCUCGCUGCCCUGGCUGUGGCGCAUCCUGGUGAGCAACAACUACCUGUACGGACCCCUUCCGGACUGCCUCUUUGACAAGUGUAUCAACCAAAUCGAUGUGAGCGGCAACAGCCUGUACGGGCGCAUCAACCGCAACUUCAAGAGCAUGGUGGCGGAUGGCGGUGCGCUCAUCAACUUGGCUCACAACUUCUUCUUCGGUGAUGCCCUGCUCCUCGCUGCCGGCUGCCAGGUCUGCCCCGCUGAGAUCACCCAGCCCAACAACCUCGUCCUGGGGGACACCUUUGAUGUGUUUGCUGGCAAGUGCGAUACUGCUGCUGCCACUGGGCUGCGAGAUUUCUCCAUGGCGGGGGCGGGCAAGGAGGCGAGGGUGAGUGUGGCGGGCAACUGCCUGACGCUCAGCCCGGGCGCGGAGUGCGCAGCCAACGCCACCCAGCGCAGCACGGCAGCCUGCCAGGCGUUCUGCAGCAUCACGGACAACGGCCCGUGUGACGGCCAUGGGGAGUGCGUGCCGCCUGCCCCCGCCUCCCCCUCCAACUUCUCCUGCCUCUGCCAUGCCGGCUACUCUGCCAUCGACUCGGGCAACGGUUCUACCUGUGCCAUCGUCAACUCCACCACCACCACUGUUUCGUCGCUCUCCACGGGCGCCAUAGUGGGCAUUGCUGUGGGCUGCUUUGCUGGCUUCGUUCUGCUGGCAGCUGUGCUCACAUGCCUGCUGUGGCCCCACGGACCAAAGAAGUGGCAGGGGCUGGAAGUGUGCGAGCAGUACUCGCUGCAGCAGAUGGCAAUAGCGAAGGUGGAGGCGUUUGAGUUGGAUGAGCUCAAGGACAGCAAGCUGGAAGCAAGCGAGGAGGCCAUAGUGGCCUUGGCGGACCUCGCUCUGGACUGCGUCAAGAUGCCGGGCACUCGGCGGCCCGACAUGAAGGAGGUUGCUCACAGCCUUGGCGCCCUCAUUGAGAAGUUCUGCCCUAACAAGGAGCCCUGCGAGUUUGUAGAGGAACACUCUUCCUCAGGAAGCCAAUCCAGCCAGCCUGGGGCUCCCUCUAGAGGGUCUCUAGCGUCCAGUACCAUCAGUAAGAGUGACAUCUCCUCCACCGGCCUUGGUUCCAGGGCUGAUUUGAAGGAGUCCCUCCUCAUAGCCCAGCAGUAUCUCUCACCCCUUCCCCCAGUCCACCCGUAUCUUCUGCCCCGCCUCCAGCCCACCUGUUUCUCUCAGUCCUUUCCCCAGCCCUCUUGUUUCACUCGCCCCUCCCCUUAG